AUGCCUCCCAUGGAUGAUCUCACAGCAGGAUGCUUGACUCCGUGGAUGCAAGCCGCGUGGUGUUGGUCGACCAACUGCAGGACGCGCAACGAUUGCCUUGCACUCAAGGAUUCUGGUGCGGCAGCCACCGAAGCGGAAAACAAUCGCUCGUCCGAGCGCUGCAUGACUUCCGACGGCAGCGGGAGACUGAAGCCAUUACUUACACUAUGCACGGCUGACCUCAAGUCGCCGUAUGUAAUGGCCGAGGAGGACUAUGGAGCACGGCACUGGAAUCCUCGGAAAGAUGCGAUAGAUGCAUUGGAUCACCACAGGAACGAUGCGAUAUCAUGCGUCAACGGUCGCUCCAGAGCCAUCUCCCGCUUCCACUAG